AUGCUUAGAGAGUCGUACAGGAACUUCAACAUGUGUUUAUUCACCAAAGCAGGGACACCGCUGCCCCUAGACGACAACGAAAUGCUUCUAUACACUGCGGAGUCUGUGGGAUUUCACAUCGUAGUUGGAGAAGGGGGUCUAUUCGACACGUACUGGCACAAAUCAGACAGUGGCUCUGUCUUUAUAACCAAUUGCAGGGUUAUUUACAUACCAAGAAAUCCCACCACAAAUUUCUGCUCUUUUUUCUGCAAAAGCACUUCCGUGAUGGAUGCUGCCGCGAAGGAGGACACGCGCAUACGCAUGUCAGUCUCGCUGAAUGGGAAUGUCCCCGGGAAAAUCACGCUUAAAAUGAAGAAGAAUCUCCCAGACACAUUCCUGACGCAGCUAAGCGUAUCACAGGACUAUCUAAGAGCGCUAGAGUGA